AUGUCGUCGGCGGGUAUUUCGGGCGGCGGGGACGGCGGAGCCGCUGCCACCGCGUGUCAAUACUACUGCUACAAGUGCGAACGCCACGUCGCCGUCGUGCCCCCGUCCUCCCCCACCGCCGAUGUCGUCUGCCCCAACUGCGGAGGCGGAUUUCUGGAAGAAUCCGACCCGGAAACCGCUGCCCCGAUCCCCGACAACCCAAUCCCUAACCCCUUCUUCGCCGACGCCUUCCCGGCCUCCUCCCCUUUCGGCGGCUUCCCGAUCGUCUUCUCCUCCUCCUCUCCCGGCGCCAACGCGUUCUCCUUCUCGUCCGGCGGCGGUGGAGGAUUCGAGGAUCUGUCGGCGCUCUUCGGUGCUCGAUCCCCCGACGAGUUCAACCCUUUCUCCUUCCUCAACAACUACAUCAACGGCCUCCAGUCUAGGGGAGCUAAUAUCCAGGUCGUAUUCGAGGGCCCCAGAGGCGGCGCCGCCGGAAUGGGCGGCGGAGGGGUCGAUUUCCGGCUGCCGAUGAAUUUUGGGGAUUAUUUCAUCGGCCCCGGUUUGGAGCAGUUGAUCCAGCAGCUGGCAGAGAACGACCCGAAUCGGUACGGGACGCCACCAGCUUCAAAGACUGCAGUCAAGGGGCUUCCGGAUAUAAGCAUCACGCAGGAAAUGCUGGCUUCAGAUUCUUCUCAAUGCGCAGUGUGUAAAGAUAGCUUCGGAUUGAAGGAGGUGGCAAAACAGAUGCCCUGCAAGCAUAUCUAUCACAAAGAUUGCAUCUUGCCAUGGCUUGAGCUGCACAAUUCAUGCCCUGUUUGUAGGUAUGAGCUUCCUACUGAUGAUCCAGAUUACGAGAGUCGAAGAACAGGGCAAAAUAGUGGCAAUGGUAAUAGGAACAGGGGUAAUGAUAAUAAUAGUAACAACAAUCAAGAAAAUAGGGGUAAUGAUAAUAAUAACAACAAUAGUAACAGCAGUCCUCAGGCACCGAGGACUACGGAAAGGGGUUUUAGAAUAUCAUUUCCAUGGAUUUUUAGAGGUUUGGGCUCACAAGCUGGGACAAGCAAUAAUGGGGGAGGAGGAAAUGGGAAUAAUGGUGGAGGGAAUGGUAACAAUAGCACGAACAGUGAUAGGGGAGGAUCGAGUACUGGUCAGGGUAGAGGAGGUCAAGCGAGAGAGGAGGAUCUCGACUGA